AUGGCGACCACCCCAACUCCUCCCAAUGUGAUGGUGGAAAUCUUCCCCAAGCCGGGCAAGGCGACACGCGUGGAAGAACUUAUCGCCAAGGCUGCCGAAGAAGUACGCCAGCACGAACCUUGGAUCAGCUUCUACCGAUAUUAUAAAGCCAAACACGUGGGCCCCUCGUCCGAGGCAGAAGAUGAGGAAUACAUCAUUGUUUUCCGGCUUGACGACAUGUCGAAAAUCCAUGCUCGGCGCGAAAUGCCGCACCACCAAGAAAUUGGCAGAAUCCUCCGCGAUGAGGAUCUGUUGCGCAUGCCGCUGAAGUACACCGAACUUAAGGAUAUGGGCUUUUGGAAGCGAUGA